AUGUCUUCAAACAAAAAUUGGCCAAGCAUGUUCAAAUCCAAACCCUGCAACAAUAAUCAUCAUAACCAUGACAUCAAUGCUGCACCUUACAUGCAUUAUAAUUGCAACACAUCUUCUCCGUUUUCUUCAGCUCGUGUUCCGGAUCCUAAACCGAGAUGGAACCCUAAACCAGAGCAAAUUCGGAUACUUGAAUCGAUCUUCAAUUCGGGUAUUGUUAACCCACCAAGAGACGAGAUUCAAAGGAUCCGGAUCCGACUUCAAGAAUAUGGUCAAAUCGGUGACGCAAACGUGUUUUAUUGGUUUCAAAACCGUAAAUCACGAGCAAAACACAAGCUUCGUGUUCUUCAAAAAAACCCUAAAUUGUCAAAGAAGGAUAAGAUCGUUAUUACUCCUAGUGAUGCUGAUUCUUGUUUUGAUUUGGUUAACAAAGAAACCGGGUUAUUUCCGGUUCAAAACAAUGAAGUAGUGAUCACUGAACCGAACCGUUUUCUGUUUCCGGUUCAUAAUGAUCCGAGCGUGACUCUAUCAGGGUUUGGUGAUUUUGCUGUGCCGGUGGUAACGGAACAAAGAAUGGAAUUCCCCGGUGUUAGUAACGGCGUCAGUUUGGAGAUCCCGGAGAUCAAUUUUGACGGCGGUGAAAAUGGUUAUUCUUCUAUCUCGGUUCCAGUUACCGUGCCAUCAACCAUCAAUCAGUCACAAGUAUUUUCCGGUGAUGGAGAUGUCGGAGCUUGUGUUUCUCCGGGGAGAUUGACAGUGUUCAUCAAUGACAUGCCUUUUGAAGUUAUUGCCGGAUUAUUCAACGUCAAAGACGCUUUUGGUAAAGAUGCCGUUUUGAUCAACUCGUUUGGACAACCUAUUCUUACCGACGAAUUUGGUGUUACUUUCCAACCUCUUCAAAACGGCGCUGUUUAUUAUCUUAUUUAG